AUGUCUCGACGCGCUACGCCGGGCCAGGCUGCCCAGAACCAGCAGACCAUCAAAAGCCUGCUGAAACUUGAGACCAACAAGAUAUGUGCCGACUGCAAGCGCAAUAAGCAUCCUCGAUGGGCGUCUUGGAAUUUGGGUAUCUUCAUUUGCAUUCGCUGUUCGGGUAUUCAUCGAGGAAUGGGCACGCACAUCAGUCGAGUCAAGUCCGUUGAUCUCGAUGCAUGGACCGAUGAACAACUCCAGAGUGUUGUGAAAUGGGGCAAUGCGAGAGCCAAUAGAUACUGGGAAGCGAAACUGGCGCCCGGCCAUGUCCCCUCGGAAGCUAAGAUCGAAAACUUCAUCCGAACCAAGUACGAUACCAAGCGCUGGGCGAUGGACGGUGGCAUCCCCGAUCCCUCGACUCUCGAUGAUGGUGACGAUGACGUUCCGCUUGCCGUUGUUCAGGAAAAGGCAAAGAUUGAGCGUACCGUUUCGCAACGCAUGGCACCCCCUCCCCAGCCCGCUCGCCGACAAGCUCCAAUUGAUCUGUUCGGUGAUGAUCCAAUUGCUCCCCCCGCUCGCCCUAGCACAACCGAUCCGGCUCUUCGCGCUCCUGCAAGACAAACACAGUCCGCACAGCCGAAGGCGCAGAAGCCGGGCGACUCGUUGCUCGGCCUCGACUUCUUUGGCAGCACCCAACCCUCGUCCGGCAGCCGUCCGUCCAGCACCGCAUCUACACCCGCUGUGCCAACUGGCAUGUCUCGGCCAGAUCUGAAACAAUCAAUUUUGUCCUUGUAUUCGAAGCCACAGCCCCAGGCUGCCCCCGUCCAGCAUAGGCGGGACAACUCCUUUGGCGAUAUGGCCUCUCCGACGGCACCCUCUGCGUCCUCAAACAUGGGCGGUCUGACCGAUGCCUUCAGCGGCCUCACUUUCCCAUCAACCACAUCUCCACCCCCGGCCCAGCAGGCUCCGAAGCCUUCUCCAUUUGCCAACCUUACCAACUUCGGUGCUGCCAAGUCGACCCCGGCCGCUCCCAGGGUCACCUCACCUUCCGGCUCUGCCGGUGGCGAUCUAUUCGAUAGCCUGACCUCUCCUACACUGUCUGCCCAUAAGCCCCAGUCGCGAAACACAUCCAUCUCUUCGCAUAACCAGGACUUUGGCGGCUUCGGCGGCUUUGCCUCUGCUUCCUCUCAGCCGAAGCCUAACCCUUCAUCUUCAUCCAUCUCCAAUAAUCUCUCCAAUGACCUGUUCGGUCUCUCUUCUCCGAGUCUCUCUUCCCCGCCUCCUGCGCCAAUUUCGCCGCCCAAGUCUACCGUGACUUCCCCGCAGCACGAAAUGAGCUCUGCAUUCAACCUCUCCAGCCCCUCGUUCCAGCCCAAGCCCACCACAUCCCCCAAGCCCCAAAUGCCUUCCGCAACUGCGGCCGCUGCCACCAUGUCAGCGAUGGACCCUUGGGGUGGUAAUGCUUGGGGCACUCCCGACUCUGCUCCUGCCCCUGCCCCGGCUGCGCCUGCGCCGGCAUCCAUGAUGAAGAUCCCCGAUACCCUGACCCCCAACGACAUUGGAGGUGGUUGGGGUGCUCCGGCCCCCUCCUCCCAAGCCCACUCCUACUGUGGCGGCUGA